UUCAGUACAAUUUUCGCUAUUAAGCAAUGACAAGUAACUGCUGAAGUUGUUAAUUUUAAAAAUGUUGUUAUCGCGUUUAAAUUUUGUGCAACGAUAUAUUAUACCAGUUAAAUUAUCAAGAAAAUAUAAUACAAGCUCUAAAGUUGUUGAUAGAAAUUUAUCUUAUAAAUAUGUUGAAGGAAGAUUACCACUUGUUGAUAUAACUGUGGGACAGCUGAUGAAACAAUCGGUUGAACAAUGGCCCGAUCGUGAUUGUAUUGUUUCAUUACAUCAGGGAAUACGACUAACAUACAGAGAUGUUUUAAAAAAAUCAGAUAAAUUUGCUGCUGGAUUAAAAAAUUUAGGCUUAAAAAAAGGUGACAGAGUUGCUAUAUGGGGUGUAAAUGAUGCUGAAUGGCUAAUUGCAUUUUUAGCAACAUCAAAAAUUGGACUCAUUAUGGCCGGUAUAAAUUAUUCAUUUCAACAACAAGAAAUUGAUUAUUGCCUAAAUAAAGUACAAGCUAAAGCUGUACUUUCACCAAAUUAUUAUAAAAAUCAAGAUAAUUCAAAAAUUCUUUUAAAUUCAAUAAAUAAUUGUCCAGAUUUAAAACACAUUAUUUUGUGGGGUCAUGAUGCUUGUGUUACUGGAACACGUAGAUUUUGUGACGUUGAAAAUUUGGCAAGUAGUAUUGAAGUUGAAGCAGUUGAGAAAGAUCAAGAUGAAUUGUCUUGUAAUAUUGGAUGUAAUAUACAAUUUACCAGUGGUACAACUGGCUUACCAAAAGCACCCUUGUUGUCUCAUCGAUCACUCGUCAACAAUGGCAUUCAGAUUGCUGAUCGAGAAAAUUUAACAGAAAGUCAUCAUAAAAUCUGUUUUAAUGUUCCAUUUUUUCAUGCUUUUGGUAUUGUCCAAGGUCACAUGGCCGGUAUUGCAGCUGGAUCAACUUUUGUUCUUCAAUCACCAACAUUUAAUCCCAAACAUGCUAUUGAUGCAAUUGUCAAAGAAAAAUGUACUAUUGCUUUUGGAACUCCAACUAUGUGGGUAAAUAUGUUGGAUGUUCAAGAACGAGUAAAUGCUCCAAUAAAAACACUAAAAAUGACUGUUGCAGGUGGUGCAUAUGUAUCACCAGCUUUAAGAAUGAAAAUAGAAAAUACAUUUGGCAUAGAUAAUUUUAUGACUGUUUAUGGACUAACAGAAGGAACGGCGAUGAUGUUCCAAUCACAACUCGGAGAAUCUGCGGAGGUUGCUCACGACACCGUUGGAUAUGUUCAGAAUUAUAUCGAAGCAAUGGUUGUGGGCAAUGAUAAUUUGCCAGUUCCUUUUGGCUCUGAAGGUGAACUCUGGGUUCGUGGUUAUAAUGUCAUGAUGGGAUACUGGGAGGAUAUUGAAAAUACAAAUAAAACAAUAAAUAAAGAUGGAUGGCUUAAAACUGGUGAUAAAUUUAUUCUUCGAAAGGAUGGUUACGGUCGAAUUAUUGGUCGACUCAAAGAUAUGAUUAUUCGAGGAGGCGAAAAUAUUUUUCCCAAGGUAAAAUAUAAUUAUUAUCUUUAUUAUAAUAAAUUGUUAUUAUUUAUAAAAAUUAUUUUAUUAUCGAAGUGAAGCUGUUUUGGAAGGUAAUGCAUUUUGAAACAGGUUUUGGGUUCUGAUAUGUGUGUGCGGGGGCUGUGUAACACCCGACGAUAUUAAAGCAUUUGGAAAAGGAAAAAUUGCACAUUAUAAAAUUCCACGUUAUAUUAAAAUUGUUACUAGUUUUCCAAAAACAACAAGUGGAAAAAUUCAAAAAUUUUUAUUACGCAAAGAAAUGGAGAGACAAGGUUAUUUCUCUGGAUCAAAUGAAACAUAAAAUUAAAAAAAUGAUAAUGAAAUUUCGAUGGAAAUAAUUGGAGAAACGGCGGAGAAUCAUUUCCACAAGAAAAAUUAUUUCACGUAAUUGUAAACUAUGGAAAUUAAAUUAAAAUUAAAUUAAAAUAAAUUAAAAUUAAAAUUCAAUUUUAAAUAAUUAUUUUAUUAUAUUUGAAUAUUCAAGUUAAAAAAAAAAAAAACAUUUGCAAUAAAGAAAUUUUUAAAUCAAUAAUGUCAGUAGAAAAUUAAUAUUAAUACAAUAAUAUAAAACUAUUGAUAAAUUAAAAUUUUCUAAUAGCUUCUCCUUGUUUUUUUUUUUUUUUUUGUUUUCUUCAUUUUUUUUUGUACAAAAAAAUUAUAAUUAGAAAAAUCUUUUGAUAUAUAUUUUUAGUAAAUAAAUGAUUAUAGUUGUAUUUUUUUUAAAUUUGUUGUUAUUUAAAUGCUUAUUUUUUACGACGAAUUACGUGAUUCUGUGCAAGGCCCAGGGUUGUUAUCUGGACAUGCGCAAGUUCGAC